GCCCCCUGCUGGAUCUCAGUCUCCUCUCCUUCCCUGCAUUGGCUCUUAGCUCGAUGAUUCAGCAGAGAGAAAAACAAGCAUUUUUUGAUGAAGCAACAUGGACCGGUUCCGAGGAUUGUUUGUGAAACUGGACCAGAACAAGGAUGGGUUCAUAUCAAUGGCAGAGCUCCACGAGGAGAUGAGGAAGCAUGGGAUCAUCUCAGGAGAUGGAAAGGUCCAGAAUAUCAUGGAGUCUUAUGAUAAAGAUAAAGAUGGGCUGCUGGAUUAUAAAGAGUUUCUCAGCUACAUGAUGGACAGAGAGAGGAAAUGGAAAAUUCACUUUCAUGAUCUUGACAAGAAUAACUGCGGAGUGAUUGACCAGGAGGACAUCAUAUGUUUGUUUAAGGAGAUAGGAGUGGUCAUAUCAAAGCCGAAUGCAAAAAAAAUUAUUCAAAUGAUGGACAAGGACAGGUCCAUGACAGUUGACUGGGAUGAAUUCCUGCAUUAUAUCAUUCUAAACCCGGUGGACAACAUCGGAGAGCUCGUUUCCUCGUGGAAACACAGUCUGGUUUUCGAUGUGGGCGAGAGUCGUGCGAUGCCCAUCGAGUUCCCAGACAACGUGUCUGGCUUUGGGGCUUGGAAGACGUUUGUUCUGUCAGCUGGUCUUUCAGAUGCGGUUUCUCGAACUGCGACGGCGCCUAUAGACCGACUGAAGACCCAACUUCAGGUCUUUGGGUCCAAGGCUUUUUCCCAAGGCUUUCAGGAGCUGAGAGAAGGAGGUUUGCGGUCAAUGUGGCAAGGCAACGUUGUCAAUGUGCUGAAAGGUACUCCGCAGUCCACACUGCAAUGUCUUAUCUAUGCACAGAUGAAAGUCUACACCCAAAACAGAAGCCAGGAGAAUCUGACUGUGCAGCAGCGCUUCGGUUUGGGUUGCGUCUCUGGAACGGUGGCUCAUGCUGCUUUCUACCCAUUAGAGGUGUUGAAGGUGAGGCUGAACCUGCAGCAAACCGGCACGUAUCAUGGCGUUGUGGCGUGCGCCCGAUCUAUUUACAAACACGAGUCCAUGUCGUCCUUUUACAGAGGCUUCAGGCCCAGCAUCCUCUGCAUGAUCCCCUAUGCAGGUGUGGAGUGUGCGGUUCAUCAGUCUAUCAUGAGCUGGGCAAAAAGCAAUCCAACCUACAGUAGCGACUCCAAGCUGUUUUUCUUCAGUUUUGUGGCUUUUGCUUCUGGGCAAAUAAGCAGCUACCCGCUGGCGGUGAUCCGGACACAGCAGCAAGCUCAGGCCUUCAUCUCAGAUUCGCAUCCUGUCUCUGGCGUGUUAUCAGGACUCACCCGGAUAUAUGAAAGGAGCGGAUUUAGAGGAUAUUAUAACGGCAUGGGAGCCAGCUUCGUAAGAGCGAUUCCAUGCACGCUAAUAAACUACAGCCUGACCAGGAAAUUUGAAAAUAUGUUUUCUUCCAUGGAAUCUUGAGGAACUCAAACAAUUGUUUUAUUUUUAUGUUUCUGGUAUGUUUUCUGAGUUUCAAUGUACAACAGACUGGUUUCUGUUGAUUAAGUUCAACUUUUAAUACAUCUGACCAAGAAAAUAAAACCAGCAUGAGGAUUUGAAACCACCAAACCGGCUCAGGGCUGAAGCACGGUUGACCGAACACAUAUAUUAACAGAAACUGUGAUGAUAAGUUCAUUAAGGUCUGUUCUGAAUGGAAAUGUGCUCUGCUGGGGUUUGUUUAAUAAAAUUCUACCUUAAAGUGGGACAGACAGUCUUUGUUUACAUA